AGUAGGAAGCGAAGUGGUCGUAGAGAAGGAUAUCGCAGGCGCCGUGAGUACCGCAUUAAUUAAUACACGCGUCGGGUUUCAGCUCAUCAGAAACUGGGCAACAUCGACGACUGAAAUUUGUCGCUCGCUCCAGGAGGAUGUUGCUGUGGGUGCUGGCUGUGCUGCUUGUGCUCUUCAGCUGUGUGGAUGUGUGGUACUUCCUGCGAAUCGUUGCCACGGUGCUCAGGGCGUGGUUCCAGCCGCCGGUUUGGGACGUCCUGGAAGAGCAGUGCGUGGAGGGGCGGGUGCUGCCCCACGACAUGGACCACAUGGGCCACAUGAACAACGCCCGGUACCUGCGGGAGUGCGACUUCGCCCGCUUCGCCCUCUUCACCCGGAACCGGAUGUUCAAGGCCAUGUGGGCCCUCCGGUGCAGCAUGGUGCUGGGGGCGUCGACCAUCCGCUACCGGCGCUCCCUGGCGUCGGCCGAGGCCUUCCAGCUGCGCAGCCGCCUCCUGUCCUGGGACGACAAGGCCUUCUUCCUGGAGCAGCGCUUCGUCUCGCGCGCCGACGGCUUCGUCUCCGCCGUCAUGCUCUGCAGACUGAACAUCCUGCGCGGCAGCCCGCACAAGAUGGUGGAGUUCCUGUGCAAGAGGACGGUGGAGUGUCCUGAGUACCCAGAGGAUCUCCAGCACUGGAUCAGCUUCAUCAAUGCCAGCAGUCAGGCCCUGAGAGCUGAGAGCAACCUGGAGGAGAAGAACAAGUGAACGCACACGCACACACGCACACACUACAGACACGCACACGUACACACACACACACGUACACACGCACACACGUACACACACACACACACACACACACACCUACCUACCUACCUUCCGUUCAUGUACAUCUCGACAGCUUCGACACCACCAUUCCCACAGAGACUGCCAAGCUCGCAUGUACUUUCGGACAGAUGACAUCACUGUGACGUCACUGAUCACACAAUGUUUCGUUUCUGGGGCUGGAAGUGGAUUGGCUAAAGAAGGAACAACUGAAGCAGCAUCGGAGUGCUGCGCGAACCUCCCGCCCCUGAGUGGGAAUUGUAUCUGGGCCUAUUGACAUAACCCUAUUCCGACAUCACACUUAUACUGCAUUUACACUGUGUCGCCACCGGAGGGAGCUCUGACCACUGACACUGCCUCCUCACGAACACACAUUCAUUCCUGGUUUUUUUCCCAUUUUAUUUCUUUUCAUUUUUAAUUUUAUUUUCUCUUCAGGAAAAAUCUGUUGAACCCGCAACAUCCAGGAAAUAGGUCUCGUUCCUGGACCUGUAUUCCAAAGAUUGUGUUGACACUAAAGUUUCUGCAACAUGUUAAUAUAAUUUAAAUGGGUAUUUAUUGAAAAGGGAUAUGAUAUAUAAAUGCACUAAAUGAAUAAAAAUUAAUUGCAUUUUUGUAUUUCAGUACUGUAAAUAUAUCCAGUAUUUAUUGCUGAGAAAUAAUGUAUGCUAAUCUAUAAAUAUGAUAUUUUAUUUGCUUGUCUCAAUCACCAGAUAUUUGUAUUUAUUCACAGGGUUAUUUACUGUAAUAGGAAUGUAUUGCCUUUGGACUUGCAGUAGUUUUGCAAAUGCAAUGAUAAUAAAUUAAAUGACGUUAAA